AUGUUUAUCGCCCGGUCCGAGUAUGAUCGUGGAAUCAACACCUUCUCUCCAGAGGGCCGUCUUUUCCAAGUAGAGUAUUCUCUCGAAGCUAUAAAACUUGGUUCCACUGCUAUCGGAUUUGUUAUUACGAUAAAGGUUGCCACGUCCGAGGGCGUCGUUCUUGGUGUCGAAAAGCGAGUCACCUCUACCCUACUCGAGACCUCGUCGGUUGAGAAGAUCGUUGAGAUAGACCAACACAUAGGAUGUGCGAUGUCCGGCCUGCAAGCUGAUGCAAGAUCAAUGGUUGAACACGCACGAGUGGAGACCCAAAACCAUCGAUUCCAUUAUUCAGAGCCUCUUAGAGUUGAGAGCUGUACUCAAGCCAUAUGUGACCUUGCCCUAAGGUUCGGAGAGGGAGCUGAUGGUGAAGAGAGCGUGAUGAGCAGACCUUUCGGUGUAGCUUUGUUAAUUGCAGGAUACGACGAAGAUGGUCCGCAACUGUACCAUGCAGAACCAUCCGGCACAUUCUAUCGCUACGACGCAAAGGCUAUAGGGUCUGGAAGUGAGGGAGCACAGGCUGAGCUACAAAACGAAUAUCAUCGGUCUUUAACAUUAGCUGAGGCUGAGACUCUAGUUCUCAAAACCCUGAAGCAAGUUAUGGAAGAGAAGCUCGACGAGAAGAACGUCCAGUUGGCCAGCGUUACGAAAGAGAAAGGCUUCCAGAUCUAUAGUGACGAGGACAUGGGGCGAGUUGUAUCUACAUUGGGAGGAAAUUAG